CUACAAAUAACAACGCCCAAACAAAAAACUAAAAACGAAAGAAAAGAGCUUUAUUUACAAGUUGAGUGAGAGAGAGAGAGAGAGAGAGAGAGAGAGAGAGAGCUUAUCCUUCCGAGCAUUCCACCCAUAAAAACUCGUCUCUUUGCUUUGAACUUGAACCCACUUCAGCUUAGCUCGAAGAGUGAUAAUGGGAGAGGAGGAAAAGAAACCGGAGGAGAAGAAAAUGGAAGAGAAAAAGCCAGAAGAGGCAAAAAAGCCGGCGGAGGAGAAGAAAGAAGAGAAGAAAGAGGAGAAACCAGCUCCGGCCCCGGCUCCGGCUCCUGCUGAGGAGAAGAAGGAAGAGAAGAAAACAGAGGAAGCCAAAGACCAAGCUCCGGCGGCUCCUCCGCCACCACAAGAGAUUGUUCUCAAGGUUUAUAUGCAUUGUGAAGGUUGUGCCAGAAAGGUCCGCCGCUGUCUUAAAGGGUUUGAAGGGGUUGAAGAUGUGACCACGGAUUGUAAAACUCACAAGGUGAUUGUUAAAGGAGAGAAAGCUGACCCACUUAAGGUUUUGGAGAGAGUUCAGAGGAAGAGUCAUAGACAGGUUGAGCUUCUCUCUCCAAUUCCAAAACCACCAUCAGAGGAGAAAAAGGCUGAAGAGAAAGAGAAGCCUAAACCAGAGGAAAAGAAAGAAGAGGUUCCAAUUGUCACAGUGGUCCUAAAGGUUUACAUGCAUUGCGAAGCUUGUGCACAAGAAAUCAAAAAGCGCAUACUGAGAAUGAAAGGAGUGGAAUCAGCCGAACCAGAUCUAAAAAGCUCACAAGUAACAGUGAAGGGAGCAUUGGAUCCAUCCAAGUUGGUGGAAUACGUGCACAAGAGAACAGGAAAACAUGCAGUGAUAGUGAAACAAGACCCGGAUAAGAAAGAAAGUAAAGAAGAGAAAAAAGCAGAAGAAGGUGGUGGUGACAAAGACAAAAAAGGUGGUGAUGAGGCUGCUGCACCUGCACCUGCCGAGGCUGGAAAAGAAGACAAAAAGGAAAAGAAAGAAGGUGAAAAUGAAGGUGGUGGUGGUGAUAAAGGAGCUGUUGUUGUUGAGGAGAACAGUGUUGUUGAGCUUAAGAAGAAUGAGUUUAGUUAUUACUAUCCACAACCAAGGUAUGGGAUGGAGAUGUAUGCCUACAAUACUACUGUUACUGCCAAUACCUAUAAUCCUAAUGCCUACAAUGCCUACCCUCCCCAGAUUUUCAGUGAUGAAAACCCUAAUGCCUGUUCUGUCAUGUAAAAAAGAGAAAGAAAAGGACUGAAGUGAAAGAGAAAAGAAAAGAAAAGAAAAAGAGAAAUGUGAAAUAGGGUUUUGGUUUGGGGGACGGGAAAAAUUGUCCAGAAAAUGAGGGGUGGUGAUGAUUUUGGCUGCUCUGUCUAUCCUGUUCUUCUACUUGUUGCCCUGUUCUGUGUAGGUUUUCUUUGUUUUUUUUUCCUGGGGCCCUAUGUAUGAUCUACAUAUGCACUGUAGAAUUUUGAGGCUGCUUAUGCUUUGUAUUUUUCUUUUUUAGUUGUUCCAUAUAAAUAUGAAAAAUAAUUAUAAAAAAAAUGGUAAUCAUCACAAAUAAAAUAAUGACAUGUAAAUAUUCACCAUCUUCUAUUUUAUAUGUAUCUUUCUUUAA